UCAAAGCUGUGGGCUUUCAGUUUCAAGAUUUAACGUUAACAUCUUUUUUACAUUACUAGGAAUUUUUGGACUCCGAUUUUAUCAGCUACAACUUACAAGACUUCAACACGGAGUGUUUCUUUCUCACUAAUAUUGAAAUUGAGUUAGCACAAUAACCAUUGUUGACAACAUGGCGACUGUAAUCAAAGUCAUCUUUGGACUCCUCACAUUUGUCACAAUCGGAAUGAUUAUAGGUGCUGUAAUUCAGUUAGCAUUCAUAUAUCGGCUUGAGGAUUCAUCUGGUACAGGUCUCUCAUCAUCUAGAAAGAUACAUCAAAGUCAGGCUAAGAGCUAUAUUCCGCGGUCUACAGGCAUUGGUAGUUGGGCAAAUGACAAGGAAGCUGCUCUUCUACGCCUUGGACUUGUCAGGCCUGAGGUGAUAAGUUGGUCACCCCGUAUCAUUGUACUGCAUAACUUUUUAAGUAUAGAGGAAUGUGAUUAUCUAAGAGCUAUAGCUUCGCCUCGCCUUCAAGUUUCUACUGUGGUUGACACAAAAACUGGAAAGGGAGUCCGGAGUGAGGUUAGGACAAGUUCUGGAAUGUUUUUACAUCCAGAGGAGAGAAAGUACCCAUUGAUAGAGGCAAUAGAAAAACGGAUUUCUGUUUAUUCUCAUGUUCCAGCAGAAAAUGGGGAGCUCAUUCAAGUUUUAAGAUACGAGCCGAAUCAGUUUUACAAACCCCAUCAUGACUACUUUUCUGAUGCUUUUAAUGUGAAGCGUGGUGGUCAAAGAGUUGCAACAAUGCUUAUGUACUUAAGUGAUAAUGUUGAAGGGGGUGAAACAAUUUUCCCUAUGGCUGGUUCGGGUGAAUGUAGCUGUGGUGGGAAGAUGGUGUCAGGAUUGUCUGUAAAACCACUCAAAGGAGAUGCUGUUCUUUUUUGGAGUAUGGGUCUUGAUGGACAGCCUGAUCCGCGUAGUGUACAUGGUGGAUGUGAAGUGCUUUCUGGGGAAAAAUGGUCCGCUACCAAAUGGAUGAGGCAGAGAGCCAUCUCCUAAUACCCAACAUAGGGCAGAAAAGAUCUUUUUUCUCUCAUUCUCUCGAGUGAGGUUUUGUCUCAGUUACUCUAGUACACAGUACUUAAUUGCUAGGUGACAUCUGCUGGAUCUAGCUAUAGACGAUUUGAUUUAGAUUAGUUAGAAGACAUGUACAGCAAACCACAGAAUUUGGAUGUGCGACUGAGCACUUAGAGACCAUCCUAUUAUACACAAACCCCAGUAUCAUAAGAUCCCCCUAUUCUACCCACCCUAUACUUGGGUACUCUAUUCUGCAUAGGCUUUCUUGAUUUUCGAUCAAUGCCAUCUGCUCACAGCAUCUUGUUGCUUUCCACUGGUAUUUUGUUCUUUUCUUUCAGAUGUCAGUGCUUUGAAUACACAGAAUGUAGAGUGUAUAUUAAGUCUAAUGAUAUUAUAUUUCUGAAUA